AUUGCGACACUGAGUACUUCCUUGAAGGCUAACUCACCACACCCGGAAGGUUUUUUUUCCAGCUAGUGCUUCGACAAAAUGACUCUUUUCUGGAUGUUUCAGGCUGCUCUAAUAAUAACACUCUGUGCCAGCACAGUAGAUGUUUCAACGAUAAAUGUAUCGUGCUCGGACAUUCAAAGACAAGAAGGUUUCCAGUUCAAAUAUGAUCGUCCACCUGGAGCUGAAAUUUUGGUUCACCAUGGAAAGACUCUGAUUGGUUCUUUGGAAAUUGGAAAACAACCUAAGCUUUCCUCUGAAGUUAUCCGGCUGGACAACAAAUCAGUUUUUACAAAGCAAUGCAGAGAUCUCUUGAUAAAAGUCUUCACAGUUAAAGAUCGGCAUGUGAAAGAACACAGGUUGUCCUUUAAAGUUACUGCGAAUAGUGACAAUCCUGUAACACCAAGCAGCCAAGUCAAUAACACGCAGUUUAUUCAGGAGAAUACUACGGAACCUGUUCUUCCAACACCAGAGAGCCAUACCGCUAUCAGUUCAUGGAUUGCCUAUUUAAUUGGAGCUUUGAUUGUGGUCUCUGUAAUCAUCAUCGGGGUCUUUUUAUACUUCUAUUUGUCUUGGAAAAAGAAAAUGAGCUUCCCAUGGCCUUGCAAUGCUCUCAAAAAGUGUAUCUCCACGAAGGCAGAGAGUUCAGAGACACAAGAAACUAGACCCCUCAGCGGAAUAGAAAUGCAGAUCUUAGAUACCGUGAAUCAACAAAAUGGUAAUAGCCUGGAAAACAUCCCUGCCACUGAACCGUCUGCCACUGAACCAUCUGGCAGUGGUGAAGAUGGGGUGGCGCAAGACAGCCCUCAUGGAUCUGUUCAUGUUGUCAGGUUAGGUGGUCUUUAUAACAACUUGAGUGGAACUCAGUGGAGCACAUUCCUCCGCCAAGAGUCAACAAACUGACCACUUGAGCAGAUAUCAGUUCUCUAAAUGGGCCUGAUUGUUUUUGUCAUUGAGAUCCAUGACUUUUUUACUGGAAAAACAGUAAAAUAAAAAAAUGUUGAAACACGUUUGAUAUAGCGAUGUUAAAGAAAGUGAUACAAAUUCCUGGAUCUGCAGCAAAAGUAUUAUUGUAAAAGUAAGAAUCGUGUUAGUCCGUUCAGCUGUUUUUCUAUAAUCUUGCUUUCACUCAAACAAUCCGACAGGGGUGAAAACAUAACCUCCUUGGCGGGGGUAAUGAUGCCCAUAUCCACAUUGACCUUUUGUUUCUCAAAACCCUAAAAUUAGGAAAUCUAGAGUGUAAUCUGCUAAAAGCUGUUUGUCUCCUUAGUAUUCAACCUCAGUGUAACGGUCUGGACCACAAAUUGGGAAACGAGGAAUUUAACUAGACAGAUAGCUCAUGAGAUUUGGUUCCAUUCUUAACUUGUAUUUGUUUUUCAGUGGAGACCAAAACAUCCCUGACGUCGACAGAGCCUCUCCUCAUGGAGACAUGAACAGUGUCAGGAACAUGAGAGAUGAUCCAGGCGGGAGCAAUGGAGAUGACUAUGUGAGUGUGGACAUCCCCGAUCCUGACAUGACAGCUGAAGCCGAAUCUCUGGUGAACAAGAGCGGCUAUGACCAAGAACAUGUCAGCAGGUGCUCUGCUACACCUGAACCUGACGUGGAGUCAAAGCCCAGGGUGAAGAACUUUGGAAUUUAUUGAUAGAUAAAACAACAACAGCUACUGCUUUAUCAGUAGUAGUUGUAAUAGUAAUAAUAAUAAUAAUAAUAAUAAUAUUAUAUAUAUAUAUAUAUACACAAUAGAAGUUUUCUUACUUUAUCCUUUUUGGGUGCAUUUUCUGACAUUUCCUUUCAGAUGAGCCUGACGUUCGCAGUGUUACGUGAUUAUAACGUCACUUCAUCUUUCUGAUCACAACAGUUUUUCCUUGAAAAAAACUUUGACAAUCCUGAUGGAAAACUAUGUUGUCUAAAUUACUCUCAGUUGUACAUUGAGACACAGUAGGACCGCUCGAUGAGAUGGAUCCGGUAACAUAUCAAUUUAAGUCAUUAGAGUUUAAUAAACAUAUUACAGCACAACACCGUACGGCACUGGUCUCAUUAAAUAAUAAAUUUGAUAAUAAUAAAAGCUUAAUAGUCAGAGUAUUAAACACUUGAUGAAAGGAUGAUGGGUGGACCACGUCAGAAAAUGUAUCCAAUACACACCUGUGAGAUCACUAACUAUUAUAUGAAGUCUUCUAUAUUGUAUUACAUGUUUAACAUUAUACAAUACAAAGGACAGUUUGUUCUGUUUUGUUUUUUUGUUUUUUUGUUAUUUGUUCUAUAACCUGAUUUGCUUUUUUUAUUUUGCUUAGUAUAAGGUUUUUUUCUGUAUUAGUUACCGUGCUUGUAUUUGGGAUUAGAGAUUAUGAUUCUGUACUUUACUUUUAUUUCCUAUGUACACAAUAGCAUUGAUUUAGCUUUUGAAUUAAUCUGUUUUAUUAUGUAAUAAUAGCAUCGUAUGUAAUUAUAAUAUGACAUCUCAUAUGAAUUUUAAACAGAUUUUAUGGCUUUUCUUUUUUUUUUGUUUUACUUUGUUUUCUGAAUUACUGAAGGCAACACAGCACUUGUGGUUCAUCUUUGAACCACAUGGGGGCAGUAAUUAGUCGUACAGUCCUACAACACUGAGCAACGUCAUCACACCUACUUAUGUUAAAUAAUCCAAAUGCAUUAUUAUUCCAGACUGCAAAAGCUUUCUCAAUUGUACCAACAUUUACAAAAUGCAUAUGGUUUCUUUACGUUCUGUAGUUUCAUGAUCAAACACUGUGGCCAGAACUAAACAUGCUUUGUAACAAAUCACGACUCAGUAUAUUUGUUCAAUAUUAUAUUAUAUGACUGCUGAUUGACUAUUGCGUGGUUCUUCUGUGUAAUCAGUGUGUGUGUGUAAUCAGUGUGUUUUGGUGCUGCUAAAGUGCUCUGAUUUAUUAAUCAACCAAUAAAAGAACAGUAGUUACAUUACA